UCUGGGCCAGCGGCAGGGGCGGUGCGGACCUCCCGCACGACCGCAAUGCUGAGCUCCCGGGCCCAGGCGGCGGUGACCGCGGCAGACAGGGCCAUCCAGCGCUUCCUGCGGACCGGGGCGGCCGUCAGAUACAAAGUCAUGAAGAACUGGGGUGUUAUAGGUGGAAUUGCUGCUGCUCUUGCUGCAGGAAUAUAUGUUAUUUGGGGUCCCAUCACAGAAAGAAAGAAACGUAGAAAAGGGCUUGUUCCUGGCCUAGUCAACUUAGGGAACACCUGCUUCAUGAACUCCCUCCUGCAAGGCUUGUCUGCCUGCCCAGCUUUCAUCUCUUGGUUGGAAGAGUUCACCACACAGUACAGCAAGGGGCAGCAGGAGCCUCGGCCUCACCAGCACUUGUCCUUAACGCUGCUGCACCUCCUGAAAGCUUUGUCCUGCCAAGAAGUUACUGAUGAUGAAGUCUUGGAUGCAAGCUGCUUAUUGGAUGUUCUAAGAAUGUACAGAUGGCAGAUCUCUUCAUUUGAAGAACAGGAUGCUCAUGAAUUAUUCCACGUCAUCACCUCCUCGCUGGAAGAUGAGCGGGACCGACAGCCCCGAGUCACACAUUUGUUUGAUGUGCACUUCCUGGAGCAGCAGUCCGAAGUCACCCCUCAAGAAAUAACCUGCCGCACAAGAGGCUCCCCUCAUCCCACAUCCAGCCAUUGGAAGUCUCAGCAUCCUUUCCAUGGAAGGCUCACUAGUAACAUGGUCUGCAAACACUGUGAACACCAGAGUCCAGUUCGAUUUGAUACCUUUGAUAGCCUUUCACUCAGUAUCCCGGCUGCCACGUGGGGUCACCCACUGACCCUGGACCAUUGCCUUCACCACUUCAUCUCGUCAGAGUCGGUGCGGGAUGUUGUUUGUGACAACUGCACGAAGAUCGAAGCCGGAGGGACACUGAGUGGGGAGAAGGUGGAACGCCAGAGGACCACCUUUGUUAAACAGUUAAAACUGGGAAAACUCCCUCAGUGCCUGUGCAUCCACCUGCAGCGGCUGAGCUGGUCCAGCCACGGCGCACCCCUGAAGCGGCACGAACAUGUGCAGUUCAAUGAGUUCCUGAUGAUGGACAUCUACAAGUAUCACCUCCUCGGACACAAGCCCGGGCAACGCAGUGCCAAGCCGAGCGAGAACUCGGGCCCUUCACCGGAGCUGCAGGAGCGGCCUACGGCCCCCAAGUCAGUUCUGAAUCAGCCAGCGGGCCCCAAAACACCAAUUUUUGUGAAUGGUUCCUGCUCCCCACCUUUCUUGUCUGCCCUGCCAGCCCCAAUGCCCUUCCGCCUCCCUGUUGUUCCAGACCACAGCUCCUCCAUGUACCUCUUUCGGUUGAUGGCAGUUGUCGUCCACCACGGAGACAUGCACUCUGGCCACUUCGUGACUUACCGGCGGUCCCCACCUUCCGCAAAGAACCCUCUCUCGACCAGCAACCAGUGGCUGUGGGUUUCCGACGACAGCGUCCGCAAGGCUAGCCUGCAGGAGGUGCUGUCCUCCAGCGCGUACCUGCUGUUCUACGAGCGAGUGCUCUCCAAGGUGCAGCACCAGCGUCGGGCGUGCAGGUCCGAAGAGUGACUGCCCUGGCCCCAAAGCUAGAGGUGAUGGCACUGUCAAAACGGGCCGGAAAAGGCGAACUCGGAUCUGGUGUGUGUGCGAGCAGCCCCACCAGAGUCCUUCAGCCGGCUGGUGUCCUAAGAGCAGACCCACACUGGAGCCCGUGGCCCCAACGCAAACCAAAUCAGGCUCCCCGAGCAGCUCUGCUAGCAUGCCCUGGAGUGUCUGCGUCCUGUGGGAGAGCAUUAUGUCUGGAGUGUCUUUAGUCACCUGAUACAGGAAAUUAAAAGAAAUCAGACUCCAGAAGCCACUUUUUUUUACAUUCUAAUGUUAGGUGUUCUUAGAGGAGAGUUAACUGUCUAACCCUCAUGUUUCAGCAUAAAUGUUUUAUUUUGAAUAAGCAGAUCCAUAAAAAUUGACAAGAAUGAAAUUAUUAAAGGCAACAAUUUAGAAGAAAAAGUGCCUUUCACUUUUGAUUGCUUUUAUAGCACCUACAUUCUGGAAUAUUAUGUGACCGGUCAUAGAAACAAUUUUUGAGAAGCGCUGUUCCACAUUUCUCAGCGAAUGGCGAAGUACAGUUACAAGCUGCCUAACGAACACGCCUUCCCUUUUUAUAUGUCUUUUCUAACCUUUUAAUUCUUUACAGGCAGUGACAGCCCAUCUGCCAAAUCUGCCCCUUCAGGAAACUCCUUCACCUCUUGGUCGUUCGUGACAUGCUGCUUGUUGCUUUUCUCUUAUAUACUGGGCUGAUGUGACUCUAAUUUAUUAUAAACAACUGCGUGAAUCGCCAGAAUUGAACAGAUCCGCACUGCCCACGACACCUCUGCUGUUCGACACCCCUUUGUUACCCUGUGAUCAUCGUAAAUGGUCAUUCUCAGCCAUGUCUUUCCUGCCCUGCAGAGCUCCCUGGAGUACGGGCUGGAGCCCAGCGACCUGGGCGAGCCCUGCUGACGGGAGCCUGACUCAGAAAGAAGGGUGCGGGCCUCGGGGCUGCGACUCCGCACGUCGCCUCGUUUGUGGAAAGUGAAGGGUUAGAUUUGAUGACCAUCAAAGUCCAACCUCUUCUACAAAAACAAAGUUUGAUUUUUUGAAAACAUACAACUGCUGCUGACUUCUAAUUAAUUUUGCUGUAGUCCAUCCUCUAAAUUUACAGGUUUCCAGGGGCCUAACACAAAGACAGUACUGAGCAGUUUCUUCCCUCUCCAGAUCAACUGCAUAACACAGGGUCGAAGGAAUUGUGAUGAAAUUCUAGCAUCUGUUAACUAGAUCCUUAAUUUAAGUUAAAAAAAAAAAAGUACCAAAUGCAAAGACUCUUCAGAGUGAUUGGAAUCAGACCAAUCCAGAGUCACGGGAGAAGAGGAGCCCCGCUCCCUGUAGUGGGGCGAGCCCGUGGACACUUCUCAAUGGCGCCUUGGUGGCAGCUAACGGUCCAGGGGCCCAGGCCAGGCCCACCUUGCACCUGCGCGCAUGUCGCAGGCCCCGGGCUGCGCUGGGAAGCUGCGCACGCGCACGCGGCCGGGCGUCCGGCCGGGCGUCCGAGUGCGAGCGGCGGCAGAGCUGUCCGCGCUGCCCUCGCUGGCGUCCUUCUGACUCCGUUUCAGACAGACAGCCCCUGGCUUUGAUGUUGGAGCGAGUGUACCGGUUUUGCCUGAGUCUGGCAGAACUAAUGUCUGGUCGCAUGGCCAUAAGCUGCAUCACAAAGCCGUGGCUUUAAAUGAUUGCUGUUCGCCACUUCUCGCUCUUUGCAAUCCCCACGCGAGAGGCGCCAGCGCGAAAGGGCUGCAGCUUAAAGGUUUCCGUGUAAGCAGAUCUUUGGUCAGAGGGCCGGGGCUUGGGCCAAGGUUGUAAAUGUGAAUUAUGUGUGAAAGUCUCUUAACCUGACCUUAAAGCUUACUUCUUCAUUUUGUAAAUUAUUAGACAUUAAAUGUAGCCAGAUAAUACUAUUUCUAGUUUUAAGUUAUUUACAAAGUAGUUUUUUUUUUGACAGAAACUUAAGUUAGGAGUUUUUGCCAUAAUUGCUGAUUUCUGUAUUUGCUAAAGCUCCCUUUUGUAUCUGCUGUGUAACAUAGCAAUAAAAGAAUCAUUUUGCUAGGAAAAA